UGUAAAGAAUAUUAUGUUUGGGGCAAAAGAAGGGAGUCAUGAGAAGUGGCCAUGAGGAGGGCAAACAGGAGUUCGCCAUGAAGAUAAAGAUUUGCUGCAGAAGGCAAGACUAAAAUGGACAUAGUGACUUCUUCCCAGACAACUACCUACCCUGGAAUGCAUGGCAUCAUUCCCACUCCUUACCCACCAUCUAGUUCCAAGGCUCUCCAUCCUCAACAACCUCUGGGCUUUCUAUACGUAGGAAACCAAGUACAGAAUGGGAAGCUGUUUUUCAUUGCAUCUCCAGGAAUCUUCCCUACCAAUUGGCUGGGUCGAGAAAAUGUGGCAACAGUAAAUCCAGCUCUAGGAACAACAACAACCAACUUGAAAUAUGCAGAAAUAGCACUUGGGGGAGUCCAGAUCAUAAUUGGAUUGGUACACGUUGGCUUUGGAGUUGUUCUCGGGUUGCUGAGCACCUCUUACUGUGUGUCUCAGACAUUUUCCUCUACAGCUUUUGCUGGCGGGUUUGCAUUCUGGGAUGGAAUCUGUUUUCAUCGCUUCUGGCUCAUUCUCCAUAUCAGCAUUCAAGGAAUUGUCUCGCUGUCUGGUGAAAAGCACCCACACAUAAUAAACAUCAUAAGCGCUAUAAUAGAACACAAGGACAUUCUGAACACGCAUUGGGCCCCUUUGGAGUCCUGUGACAAAAACACCAGUGAUAACGGAAAAAGUGAAAAGAUUUAUGUGAACUCACAGUUUCAGAGGUUUCAGUGCAAGGUCGCGGUGGGAACAUGUGGUCAGGAGGCCUGUCCAUCUCAUAGUAGCUGGGAAGCUAAGAGGAGAGAAGGGACCACAGACACAAACCUACUUCAAAGGUCUAGACUUCCAAGACUACAACGAGUAAGGCCUUCAGGGGACGAUGGUCAAACUGCAGGCUGGGGGUUGGAGGCGGGGAGCCUAAAAGCAGUGCUAGCCACGGACGAAUAUUUUAAAAGUAGAGCAUCUCGAGUGCUUGAGCCAGUCUCCUCCACGCUGUGCCAGUAUGCCUCAGAGGUGCACGUGUUUGCAACAGUGACUUCGCAGGGCCUUCGAGGUGCUGGCGGGCCCUGCUGCAGAGGCCUUUAG